CAGACCUCGUUAUCGUUACCUAGCCUCGGGACGCCCCAUCGGAUCUCCUAUCGCUCUCGCCCCUCUGCGCCGAGAUCUCCAACACAUACCUACCUGACAGUUCGGCGCGAGUUCCGUGAUCCGCCCACUGCAGGACAUCAACAACCGCACCUGCAUCACCGUCGCAGUCACUGCUCCAAUCCAUCCUGUACCUAUCACGAGCCAAGUCAACCACCAUCAGAGACUAUACCUACGUAUCCCCCCCCAAAAAAUGCCACGCAAACUCUCCAAAUCCAGAAACGUCUACGCCCCCGCGUCCUCCUCCUCCUCCUCGUCGCACUCCACCACCAACCUCCUAACUCCCUACCCCCAAAAUGACGGUCUCCCACCCUUCCUCACCGACGGCCUCCCGCUCCCCUCGCUCGUCGUCCUCGACCUCGACUACACGCUCUGGCCCUUCUACAGCGACUGCCACCCGUGGCCUCCGCUCCGGGCUCUAAGCGGCUCCGUUUUGAGCGACCGCAACGGCGAGAACUUUUCUUUCUACAAGCACGUCCCCAUCAUCUUGCACUUGUUGCAAGUGGCGGGCGUGAAGCUGGCUGUCGCAAGCAAAAGUCCCGUGGGCGAUUUGUGUAGGGAGAUGUUGAAGAUGUUGAGGAUUCCGGGGGGACUGCCGACGAGUGUGGAGGGGUUUAGACGGAGUCCUGCGACAAAGGGGGCGGCGGGGGCUGCUGAUGGUAAUGGAGAUGAGGAGGGGGAGGAGGACAGUGGAAAGAAGACAAAGACAAAGACAAAAGGAUCAGGGUCAGGGUCAGGGUCAGGGUCAGGAGGGGGGUUGACGAAUGAAAAGGGGCGCAAGACGAUCGAGUUGUUUGAUGGUGGACUGGAGAUCUAUGAGGGGACAAAGUUGAGGCACUUUGAGGUCAUUCAAAAACGGACGGCGAUACCGUACGAGGAGAUGCUGUUCUUUGAUGACGAGAGGCCUAACUUGGAGGUGGAGAGGGUGGGGGUUACGAUGCAGUUGAUCAGGGACGGGCUGGAUUGGGAGGAGCUGGAGAAGGGAAUACAAAAAUGGAGGGCUAACAGGGGGAUUGCGUAAAAUAGAGUGUUGGAUUAUAUGGAGUUGCGCGAGAUCAGGGGAGUAUAGAUGGGGAUUCUAGAUGACUUAUAGAAGGCACAUCAAAAGCUCAAUCUCACACAUCAAAUGGCUUUGU